AUUGGUCGUCGCUUGUUGUCGCUGUGUCCAUGAAAAGUUUGUGUGUGUGUGUUUUUUUUUUUCUUCCUGAAAGUUUACGCAGGACUGUUGUUGCGCGCAUCCAACAUGACAGAGAAAGUAACGGACACCACGGCUGGCAGUGAUUUCCUGCUGUGCUGGUUACUGCAAUGAAUGGUAACACUGUCCAGCAGACCACAAGCACUGCACUGUCCGUAGCACCCCCCUGUGGAUGGAGGGAGUUCUGCGAGUUGCAUGCCAGCACCACGGCCCGAGAACUUGCCCAGCACUACCGGCGCUUCAUCAAAGAGCGGCCGGUACAGGAUGUGGUCCCGCCGGAAAAUUUCUCCAAGCAAUUCAGUGCACUGUUCCAGCACCACUUCAGCUGUGAGGUGGCUAAAGAUGCAGAACCCCCCCUGCGGCCACCGCCAUUACUACCCAUGACUAGCCGCUUACGCAUCACUUCCUUCUCAGGGGUGCUGGAUUACCGGGAGACCGUGCGGCCAGGAGCGUCUCCGCUAGUCGGCGCGUUUGCGCCCAAACCAGAUGCCGUUGGCAUCCCUAGGGAACAGGAGCAGUUGCUGCGCUGCUCUCCUACAGACACUACACGCGCAACGCGGCCACACAGCCAGGAAGAUGAACACCCGGAGCGGAGGACCGGGUCAGAAAGAUACACGCACCCUGCGUUUCCCUUCCCUUCGCGCAGUGAGGUAACGCACAUUUCCGUCAGACGCAUCCGAGAAAGCGUGUCCCAACUCUUUAAGAAAUCGACGCAACUUGAUGAAUCUUCAAGUGGUUACCCUAGGGACGAUUCACACCAGGUGGGCGGACCAUCUGCGACUGUUGAAAGCACCCCACCUCAGACUGUGCAGGUUACCGCAAAGAAGGUUGCACUGUGGGAACGUUGGAAUCCAUUGCGAACCGUGAGACGGCGGCAAGAGACAGGAAGUGUUUGUAAAGAGGGGCAGCUGCGGUACCUGGAGGUGGAUGACACUAUCUCAGACACACCCCCGCAUUGGCUGCGCUGCCGCCUGCAGGUCAGGAGGACCAAUGACCACACAGCUAGCGAGAGGUACCAGCUAGAGCUCUACGACCCACCCAAGGACUACAAAACGCCAAAGCUUACCGUACACUGUUCGAACAUCAGAGAGAUUCGACGCUGUAAUCGCCUAGAGAUGCCAGACAAUAUGAACACAUUUGUCUUAAAGGUUACUGGCCAUCCACGUAGUUUUAUAUUUGAGGCGGAUAAUGAGCAGCAGGUGAGCUCCUGGACCACAGAGCUCAGAGAGUGUAUCACCAGCAGGUCAGAGAGUGUGGAUGGAGAACCGUUUCCUGUUAGUGACUCGCUGAAUGCAGUUCGCAGAGGGAGCACAGAGCCCAGCGGCCAGGGCUCUCUGGGAUUUGGGCUCACAGAGCACGCCUACAACAAAACGGAUCACUUCCUGUCCUCUUACCCAUGGUUCCAUGGGCCCAUAUCACGUGUGCGGGCUGCCUACCUUGUACAGCACGCCGGGGUCAGCGGUCAUGGGAACUUCCUGGUGAGACAGAGCGAGACACGGAGAGGAGACUAUGUCCUCACGUUUAACUACCAGGGCAGAGCAAAGCAUUUACGUCUAUCUUUAACCGAAUGGGGUCAGUGUCGUGUGCAGCAUCUGCGUUUCCCAUCAGUCACGGACAUGCUGAAUCACUUCCGCAACUGUCCGAUCCCACUGGAGUGUGGCACCGCAUGUGACGUUAUGUUGGCCAAUUAUGUGCGGGUAAACCCCACUCACACAGGUCAGAGUUCGGCUGUGGGAUCUCCGGUGUUGGUGCCCUUCUCCCGCUGGAGCUCAGAGCCGAGUCUGGCUCACUGUAGCCCGGAUUCAUGCCCUCACAUGGCCCAUUCGUGUUCGCCCGCCUCAGCGCUAGUCGAGCUCCCGCACCGCACGCCUCCUUCCCUUCCGGAUCGUCCCGUUCCCGUUCCCCUGCGCCGGAGCGAGUCAGUUGGCCGCAGAAACCUGCUCCGCCACCCUAACCCACUGCCGCCCCUCCUGCCCAACCGGGACUCUGACUAUGAACUAGAGCCGCUGGACAGGGGGCGCAAGAGAGCCAUCGACAACCAGUACAUGUUCUUCUGACAGGGACGGGAUGAAAAAGCGAACAAAAGAAGAUCUAGCUCCCGCGAGACUCGGGGGUAACGAUGUGUCUGAACGAGACCGCCAGAGCCCUGACACCUCACCAUCACAGCUGUCUGCCUUGUUUAUGUCUUAUACAGAUGUUUCACUAUCAAAUCUGUGUGUAUUGUAGAAUAACUCAAGUAGGAAGUAGAUGCAGGCAGCGGCUCAUGGGGAUACAGAGCAUUUGUUGAAGAACGUGGAAUGGGAACGUUUCACGAUGGCUAGUCAGUAAGUUGAACACAAACUAAACACGUCUGCGUCUACACUGGAAGUGGCCGACAUUGCGACAACUUGAGGUCUGAGUCUACACUGGAAGCGUUCACAGACCAAUCAGCUGCAAGCUUGAGAGCGGUAAAAUGACAAUAAAUCAUAAAAUCAUAAAAUUGAUUUUGCGUGUGAUAAUAUUAUGCUUAGUUUUCCAUAUGUUGGUAUUCUUACAAUUGCAGAUGCUGCAUAUGGUUAAAUAAAUGAUUACAAUUAGCACAUUAGACCUGAGACAUCUCGAGCUGGCUUUGAUAUAUAACGGUCAGAUGUUGUUUAAACAUGAACAGAAUACAAUUUAUUGAUUUUGAAAUAAAAUCACAUCAUUUUCGAUGUGGCUGGAGAUGGAGAAACGGGGCGUCCGCUUCAAAUGCUUUCAGUGUAGACAGCUCUUCAUUAUAUGCAACUUAGUUGUGUCGUGUUGCCACAUGCCAAACAUGUCCGAUGUAGAGACUGUGUUGAACGUCUUAAAGAUCCAAAUAGUUUAGUCUGGCUGCACACACACACACUCUUGAUUGUUUAAUUCAUGUUCAGUUGUAGUAAUACACAGGUUUCUAUGUUUCGUGUAUAAGAAGACCAAAUAAUAUAGACCAUAAGACCAUAUUUCGGUCGCAUAGCCGAGGCCUAGAUGUAGUACGUCUCUCAACACAGUCAGUCAUGUCAUCCUGGAUUCUAGAGGUUUACAAUUUAACCGACCAAAGAGGAAAAUUAACCAAAACCCAAUCCAGCAUUAUAGGCGAUACGUUUUGUUUAUGCGCAAAUUGUUUUUUUUUUGUUUUUUUUUUCUAUCUGUUUCAACACAUUUUAACCCUCGUGUGUUUCAUGGCUUCAUAAGCUGUGGAAAUAUUACUUCUAAAUUAACUGCUAAGAAAAAUCUGACGCCAUAAAUAGUUGAUUUUAAGCUAUUGAAAAAGUCGUUUUUUAGUAAAUGCAUUAGAAAAAAAAACAUUGCUCAACGUCUUCGGAGCUGUGUCUCCUUUGUCUCUUUAAAUCGUUGUGAAUGUCUUUCUUUGUGCUUAACACUACCAUGAUAGUCAAAUCUGUAUCAAGUGCAGAUACCCAAAUCACUUUAUAUCUCAUUCACACAUAA